AUGGUUAAGGCCUACCUUAACUAUGAGCAUGCUGCUGCCUUUGGGCUGACAGCGACGCCCACCUCGAAUGUGCAGCUGCUGCCGGGUGUGGGGCCCCGCUUCAGCAGCAGCAGCAGCAGCAGCAGCAGCAACAGCGAUUUAGUGUGGUGCUGCUGCGGCAGCGAGGCAGUGCUCUGGCAUUCGCAGCAGCGGCAGCAGCUGCUGCGGCUGCAGCCUCCAGCAGUUGUAGGCCCAGAUGGGGAAGUUGAGGUGUACAGGCAGCGCGCGACUGUUGUCUCAGCAGCAGCAGCAGCUGCUGCUGUUGCAGUAGGAUACAGCGACGGCAGCAUUCGCGUUUGGGCUCUUGAUGUUGCUGCUGCUGCUGUUGCUGCUCAGCAGCAGCAGCAGCCAACGAUCGGUCCCCCUCGCCUGCUGCUGCAGGGACACCGCGGGGCAGUCAACGCCUUGGAAUGGGCCUGCAGCAGCAGCAGCAGCAGCAGCAGCAGCAGCGAAGAUCUGCUGCUGUCUGGGGGCUCAGAGGGAGACAUUAUUGUGUGGGAUACCGAAAGCGGAAGAGGCCGCUGCCGUCUACGGGGACACAGCCAGCCAGUGACUGCGCUGCUGCCUCUACACCCCAAUGCAGCAGCAGCAGAAGCAGCAGCAGCAGCAGCAGCAACUGCUGCUGCUGCUGCUGGGAAGGAGGCAGAUGCUGAGGCGGAGGCCAAGGAGGCAAAGCGCAGCAAAAAACGCAAAGAGAACGCCGCUAGCGACACAAACAGCAGCACCAGCAGCAGCAGCAACAGCAGCAGCAGCAGCGGCAACAGCAGCAGCAGCAGCAGCAGCAACCUGCUGAUUGUGAGUGGGUCUAAGGACGGCCUAAUAAAGAUAUGGGAUUGCUCUCUGCAGCUCUGUCUGUACACCGUAGUCGAGGCAGCAGAAGCAGCAGAGGUGUGGGCCCUCGCCACCAACCCCUGUCAUACACGAUUGUUUGUGGGGGGUGGCGACUUCAAGGUGCGGGUGUUCGCGCUGCACUUAUCCCCGCCGCCAGCAGCAGCAGCAGCAGCAGCAACAACAACAGCAGCAGCAGCAACAGCAGCAGCAGGUAUCUGGGCGAUGACGACUUACUUAGGGUCUGUACACCCCAACAGAAACAGCAAAAAGCAGCGCAUACGGCAGCUGCAGUUCACGCCAACGACAGAUCCUCUCCCCCCAGCAGCAGCAGCAGCAGCAGCAGCAGCAGCAGCAACAGGAGCAGCAGCAGGAGCAGCAGGAGCAGCAAGGUGCCCUCCAGUGCUGGUUGGAGGUCUGCUGCUGUGCUGCAGUGGGGGGUCUCGUAUAGUCGAUGUCUUCCGUUGCUGCAAUGCAGCAGAGCUGCAGCAGCAGCAGCAAAAGAAAGAACGCCGCGCGCAGCAGCGGCUAAAGAAAAAGCAGCAGCAGCAGCAGCAAGACAGCAAUAAUGAAGAGCUUCAACAGCAGCAGGCAGAGGAAGACGACGACCAGCAGCAGCAGCUGCAACUGCAGCAGCAGCAGCAGCAGCAACAGCAGCUGGAGGAGGUAUUCUUUGUGGGAUCGCUGCAUGCAGAUGCACCCAUUAAGGGCUUCCACGCCCGAGUCGCCGCCAGCCGCAGCAGCAGCAGCAGCAGCAGCAGCAGCAGCAGCAGCUUGAGUGUGCGAAUUUGUCUCAAUCUCAGCAACAACACAAUGGAGCUGUGGGCAGCAAACCCUCAGCUGCUGCGGAAGCACACGCUGAAUUCGGAGGCAGCCUUUCAACGAAUUUGUUGUUUGUCUUCGGGGGGUCAUGCGGGGCAAAUGCGGAGUGUAAAUAUUUCUCAUGAUGACGGCUACCUCCUCUCGACAGCAGAUGAGGGGGCAAAGAUUUGGAGUGUAUCGUCAACCCGAUGCGUAAAGACGCUGCCUUGCGAAGAGCCGCAGUGCGGCUUCGUCGUGGCGGGCAACGAGCACAUUGUCUUAGGCUGCCGCAACGGCGAGUUGCUGUUGUUUGAUUUGGCUGCUGCUACGCUGCUGCAGCGCACAGCAGCGCAUGCAGCAGCAGUUAAUGCGUUAGCAGAACACCCCAAACACACAGGCUUUGCGACAGCUUCCAGCGACAAGACGGUGAAGUUGUUUGCUUUUUACCUCGAGGAGGCGAUGGAGGCUGACACGUCAAAGCCCAAGAAGAAGAAGCAGCAGCAGCAGCAACAGCAACAGCAGCAGCAGCAGCAGCAGCAGGUGUGCAUGCGCUGCGAGGGGUCCUUUAGUUUGCCUGACGAAGUGCUAGACGUCGCGUUUGACCCUGCGGGGCUUUUGCUGCUGGCCGCUCUCAUCGAUUACACUAUCCUCGUGCUGCACACAGACACAGGGCGGAUUCGUUUGUCUUUAUACGGCCACAAGCUACCGGUAACAACAAUAUCUGUUUCGUCUUCGGGUUUGCUGCUGGCGUCGGGGUCUGUAGAUAAAUCUCUCAAAGUGUGGGGCCUUCAAUUCGGAGAAAUACGAAAGAGCUUCCGCGCACACGAUGACGUCAUCACCAAAGUAUCGUUCUUGCCUCUGACUCAUUACGUGUUGUCUUGUAGCUUAGAUGGAUAUAUAAAGCAGUGGGAUGCAGACAGACAAAUAUUAAUAAAAGUUUUUGCAUGCGGUGCAGCAGCAAAAGGAGGCGGGCUGGGGGGCUGCGGCUUAGUUUCUUUUUGUGUUUCUUCGGAUGGUGAUUGCUGCUGCUGCUGCGACAGCAGCAGACAGCUGCAUCUCUGGAGAAGAACAGACGAACAGGUCUUUGCUGAGGAGCAGCAGGAAAAACGCUUGCUGCAGCAGCAGCAGCAAGAAACAGAAGCACUUGAUGCUGCUGCUGCCAACACUGCUGCUGCUGCUGCUGCUGCUGCUGCAACUAUCGUCCUUGACAGACCCACAAAACGUACAGAUGAAACCAUCAGGACUGCGGACAAGCUAAUUGAGGCCCUAGAUGUUGCGCGAGAGCAGCAACAGGAGGACGAAUUGUAUGAGGCUUCUUUCCUUCGCUGGAGCGAGACUGUUGCUGCUGCAGCGCGGCGUGCUGCUGCAGCAGGAGCAGAUCCAGCAGCAGCAGACGCAGCAGCAGCAGCAGCAGCAGCAGCAAAUCCCCUUCCUCGCCCUCCUCCAGCCAGACCCGAAUUGCUUGGCCGCUCAGCUAAUGAACAUCUGCUGCGGUGUAUAUACAGCAUUAAAAGCGCAGAAGCAGCAGAAGUGCUGCUGGCGUUGCCUGUAGACUAUGCAAUGCAGCUGUUGGAGUUUUUGACGGGAUUACUUGAGAAGGAAGCCAAACGCCUGUGGAAGGACAAGAUGCCGCAGCAGCUGGAGCAGCAGCAGCAGCACCUGCUGCUGCAGCAGCAGCAGCAGCAGCAGAUGGCGCUGCAGGGGCCGCUAGCGGGCUCGACGGAGGUUGCUGUGCGCUUGGCGCUGCAGUUGGUUCAGCUACACUUCAGGUCAGCAGCUGCAGCAGCAGCAGCAGCAGCAUGA